CGUCCCUACCACCCUUUAUUACCAACUCCAGAGCUUCUUCCUCCCGGGCUCUGCACAACGAGCUUGCUUAAUUUCAUACUGUUCCUUUGAAGUUCUAGUAACACACACACACACACACAUAUUCCCUCUCCCCCUCAUCAAUGGUAGCAUUAACAAUGCAAGUGCAGGCGCUGCAGCCACCAACCGACGGUAACCUCAUCACCAUUCUGGCCAUUGAUGGGGGUGGCAUCAGAGGCAUCAUCCCGGCUACCAUCCUUAGGUUCCUUGAAGCACAACUCCAGGAACUGGAUGGGGAAAACGCAAGAAUUGCAGAUUAUUUCGACGUCAUAGCUGGGACAAGCACGGGAGGUCUGGUGGCCUCCAUGCUUACUGCGCCUGGUGCGGCCAACCGGCCGCUUUAUGCAGCCAAGGAUAUCGUACCCUUCUACCUCGAUAACUGCCCCAGAAUAUUCCCACAAUCCAGGGACUACAUCAAUAGUCGUGCACGCUUGUCAAUAUUGCUAUAUGAAUUGAGAUAUUACAAGCAAAUGAAUAGUGUCUCAUGGAUUAAUCGCAUCAAGAAGUUGGUAGCUGCAGCGACUGGACCAAGAUAUGACGGUGAAUAUCUGCACAAGCUCGUGAAAGACAAGUUUGGGGACACCAAAUUGCACCAGACGCUAACCAAUGUGGUCAUUCCCACCUUCGACAUCAAACUUCUUGAGCCCGUCGUCUUCUCCUCUUUUCAGCUGAAAAGGGACCCUAGCAAAGACGCAUUGCUCUCUGAUAUAUGCAUCAGCACAUCUGCAGCCCCCACGUACUUCCCAGCCCACAACUUUGAAACAAAGAACCAACAUGGGGAGAAGCUUAGGAGCUUCAACCUUGUCGAUGGAGGCGUCGCUGCUAAUAAUCCGACGUUGGUGGCGGUGAGUGAAGUUCUUGCGGAAAUGGUGCAACGAAAUUCAGAUUUUUUAGCAGUUAAACCCACAGACCGUUGAAGGCUUUUAGUCAUCUCCAUCGGGACAGGAUCGGCCAAAGCUGAGCACAAAUAUACUGCAGGAUUGGCUGCAAAAUGGGGAGUAAUGGGAUGGUUGUUGAAUGGUGGGGGCGGCCCCUUGAUCGACACUUUCUGUCAGUCAAGUGCGGACAUGGUUGAUUUCCAUCUCUCCUUCGUCUUUCAAGCACUUGGCUCAGAGAAAAACUAUUUGCGCAUCCAGAUAUUUAUUUAUGAUAACAAAAAACAAAUGGCUUUCAACAAAAUGAACCUCAUCCAUUCACAUGCUUCCAAAUUCCAAAAGGCCUUCGUCUUAUAUAUAUAUAUAAGACUAUAUACCAUUGGUUUCUUCUUCUUUGUGAAGAAACAAAUAAUAAAAUUUUACGAGGGCAGUUGUCCGAACCUUUUCAUGGUGAUCUCAUCGCCUUCGUAACGUUUGGUGGGUCAGGAGUCACUCUCAAAUGGGGAAGGAAAUAAAUGGAACGAGUCCGGGCUUGCCAGAUACGAACGAACAAAAAUUCAACGCAUGAAAAAAGGGCCUUUUAACCUUCAACUUUCCAAUUGCAGUGUGGAUCUACCUUUUGAUGGAGACGGUAUUCGCCUUCUUUCUUAUUUAUUUCUCACAGGUUUUUCAUUGUAACAUUAAGAUUAAUUACAUGAACCAAUUUUACUAAAAAAUGUUUAAGUUCCAACUUAUUUUUCAAUUCUCUCAAUUUUUCUUCGUUUUAGUUUUCAGAGAACUUUAAAUAUUUACGUUGCAGUUAUAUUAAUUGAGCACAAAAAGU